UUACAAAGCAUGCUCAAGUUGUUUCAAUCAUUCAUUGGCAAAUGGAGCUUCCAUAGAGACAUCGCUCACUUUGCACCAGGUCUUGGCGCAGCAUCAAUGCCAUCGGCUGCUGCUGGAGCAUCAUGUACAUUGGGCAAUCCCAGAUCAUCAACAUCAUCGUCAUCAAUACCAACAACAUCGACCAAUCCAUUUGGAGUCGAACGUAUGACAGUCGAUGGACAAGCAUCAUUCACAACAAUGACAUCACAAGAUGAUGCCAACUCGUUGCAAUACGAGGAGAGUGGCAUACUCAUUAGCAAUGAUAAUGCCGGUACACCAGUCAACCAGCGAUAUAUAUAUAGGUAUCAAGACGACAGGAUACAUGUCUACUUUGAUGCAGUGCCAAACGAUGGACGACUGCUACAUAGUCUAGACUUUAUCAACUCAAAUCUUGCCACAGGACAUCAUUGGUGUCCACCCGACACCUACGAUGCCACAUACGAGUUUGUCAAUCCACACGAGUUCCAUCUAACAUACUGCGUUCAAGGUCCAAAGAAGAACUAUAAGAUGACAACAGUGUUCAAGCGACGAGACAAC